AAAGAGGAAAACAUAAGACACCUGCAUGAUUUUGACCUUAACUUUCUGGUGCAGGGAACUUGCUCAGAGUCUAACAUUUUGAAGUCCCUUAUAGGAUUAGAUGCCCUUCAAAAAAUAAAAGUACAAAUUCAGCAAAGGUUAAAUAGAUCUGAUCUAAAGGACAACAACAAGAGAACUGAGGUUAUACUGACCUCUAGAGGCACAAGAGUUGGGAUAAAUCAAACAAUCCAGAUAAAAGGCGUGCAGGCUAAAAGAAGAAAGAGCCUGCCAAAAUUCUGAAUUUUAAAGUAUAGAAAUCGUUCUUCACACCAGCACAGUCCAACCUUGAUUUGCCCAAUGGGACAGACACCAGCACUAUUUUGAAAUUAUUGCAUACAAAUGAGCACAUAGUGCAUGCAAAUGACCACUAAUUGUUUCUGUGGAAUUGGUUUCACCUGGCACCAGUGACAUUUCAACCUAUAAGAACAGUUCAGCUUACUCCUUUACAGGACAAUAAAGUCAACGCAAACACUGAUAGCAACAAUAUUUUGAGUAUUACAACUUCUGUACCUAUACCUAUAAAAACAUGUAUCAAACUUUAUCAGCCAACCCGUAGCAAAGGCAGGCAAAAAAGUCACCAGAACAGGCUCCUACUAGUGUUUCUGAUAGCUCCACUUCAACAGGAAACCUGGACUCAUUCAGAAUGGAUAACUAUUACAAAUGCUCUGGAGACUUGAAAGAACAAGCAAGUGAAGUAAAAUUAAAAUGCAGUGAAGCUGAUGUAAGUAUUAAAACUGAGCAGGCUGACUUUGAAAAAUAUCAGCUUUCAAUAACCUAUGAAAAUUCAGAUAUUGUGAACACAGCCAGUGUUUUUGAUGACAGUCAUGCUUACUUCAACUCAAGUGAAGUGACAAACACCAAAGAGAACUGUGAAAUAUUUGAAGUUCAGUGUCCUGCAUCAAGCAAUGCAGACAGUGUAAGAGCAGGAAACUGCAAGAGAGAUUUAGCACCAAGGAGUGCCAUUAGAACUUAUCUAGAGGAAGCAGAUGUUUCAGGGGUGAUCCACGCUCAUAGUUGGUGUGCGGAUAUAGACACUGUGAAUGCUGUGCUUGAAAAUCAUGGUAUAGACUCAAGCUGCAAAAAUGAAGUAGUAGAAUCAUAUCGUAUGCUAGAAGAUAAAUCUGUAACUAAAAUCAUUCCUCACUUUUCUGCAGGAAAAGCAGAAAAUAGUGUUUGUCCAGUAGUCUUUGGAACAACUGAAAAAAUAGCAAUUUCAGAAGCAACGGAAACAAAAAUCAAUAAACCGGUACCUCUUGUCCAUAUUACACUAUCUGAACAUGAGCCACCUAGGACACCACAGGUUGCCAAAUGUCCCACCAGAAAAAAGGAUGUCAUCUGUAGCAUGCCUCCUAAUGUGAGUUACAGCUUCAACAUACUUGCUUACAAAGAAAAUGACAAUAAAAUAAAAACUAAUAGAAAUAAAUCUGCUUCAAAGACUAAAAUGAGAAGCAAAGUACCUCAAGAUUUCUCUGUUUCUGAUGAGAGUUCCACAAAAUGUAACACACACAAUACCAACCUCAAGAACCAGAUUUUCCCUUCUGUAGGACUGUCUCAUGUGGAAUCUGAGGCUUCCUCAAAGCUUCAGAAAAAAAGACCUCAGAUGAAGAACUACCAUAUUCUUCAGAGUGCUCAGAAAUCUAAAAAGCAAGUAUUUCCUUAUAUCUGCAAAAGUUCAAGCAGCUUAAAGAAACAUGUUACUCCACUUUCUGUUCCACGAACACAGCCUGCCUCAGAUUUCUUGAAUCUGAAAUAUAGUGAUAUGUUCAAGGAAAUAAAUUCAAAUGACAAAGGCCCAGGGAUUUAUGAAAUGUUUGGGACUCCCAUAUAUUCCCAAAUGCGUGGACUUGGUCAACAUGAAAGCAGAUUUUACAGGGAAGUUUGUUCUGCUCCACCUGGGAGAUACACUGCUAAUAAACGUAAAUCUAACUGCACUAAUGAGAGAGACAGCAGAAGAAUAAGAAGCACCCAGAAAAGAACACAUUCUAAAUCCAAGAACACAAUUGGCAUUAAACAAAAGCACAAAGACUUAACACCAAAAGAGAGAAGUUCUGAGUUAAGAGAUAGCAACACGGAGCUGGAUGAUGUUGUAAUAAUUUCUGGUCCAGAUUGGCACAUAAAGACUUCAAGGAGCAUGCCAUUGUUUGAUGAAGAUGAAGGUCAGCAGUUUCUAUUUUUGGAGGAGUUUUCACAAUUCACUAAACAAAAUGAAAUAAUUCUGAAUUCAAACUUGUCAACUAUUAAAGAAGUCCCUUUGGAGCAGUCUUCAAAUAUUAGAGAUGUGGCUAACGAUCAGAUACUUGCAACCAAUGUCCACAAUUUUUGGCAGGUUGAUGAUAAAUAUCAUUCAGAAUGUGUUGCUUUAGUGAGCAGUUUACUAACGACAGAUCAGAAUAACAAGUGUGUAGUCCAAGGAAGAGUGGAUAUGGAUGACUCCAUGAAUCUGGAAGCAAACCAGAAUUUCUGUAAAUCUAUAGAUAAAUAUGAAGCACUGUUUGCAUUGUCUUUUCCAGCCAGAGCAGACUGUGUAUCUUCUCAACAAAAACUAGAUCAGAGUUGGACACACAUGUCUGAAAAUAGUAAUUCAGAAAAUGCAUCAACUCAGCAGCCAACAAACCAGACUUUAGAUGCUGUAAUCCCAGUUUUCCAGACUUAUCAAAACAUUCUGGACUGUGUAGAUAAUGAAGAACUGACUGAUGAGUUGCUUUGUUGCCUGGCGGCAGAGCUGCUAGCACUUGAUGAAAAAGAUACUGCCUCUUCCAGAAUACCUGCAAAGAAUACAGGUUCUAAAACACAAAAUGUAUUUGCUAACGAAGAAAGAGGCAGUGUGAAUGAAGAUGACAAAGUAGUAGCAAUUGCAGAGGAACAGCAGAGUUACAGUAAAGCUUUCCUGGCACCAAAGAGGGAAAGUGACUUCUUGAACUUCAACGAAUCUACUGCAUUUCCAGAAAGCAGUCUAGGUCAUAAGGAUCCUAUCACAUGGACUAGAGGUGAAAUCCUUGGAAAGGGAGCCUAUGGCACUGUGUACUGUGGUCUGACAAGCCAGGGACAAUUAAUAGCAGUGAAACAAGUUGCUUUGGAUACCUCAGAUAAAGUCACUACAGAAAAGGAGUAUCAGAAGUUGCAAGAAGAAGUUGACUUGUUGAAAACAGUAAAGCAUAUCAACAUUGUAACCUAUUUAGGAACAUGUUUAAAAGAUAACAUCGUAAGCAUUUUCAUGGAGUUUGUUCCUGGUGGCUCAAUUUCUAGUAUUAUUAAUCGUUUUGGGCCAUUGCCAGAAAUUGUCUUUUGUAAAUAUACAAAACAAAUUCUACAAGGGAUUGCAUAUUUACAUAAAAACUGUGUGGUACACAGAGAUAUCAAAGGCAAUAAUGUUAUGCUUAUGCCAAAUGGUGUAAUAAAGCUGAUUGACUUUGGAUGUGCAAAGCGUUUAGCAUGGGUAAGCCUGAGUGGUACACACAGUGAAAUGCUCAAGUCUGUGCAUGGGACUCCAUAUUGGAUGGCACCAGAAGUAAUAAAUGAAUCUGGAUAUGGAAGAAAAUCAGACAUCUGGAGUAUUGGAUGCACUGUAUUUGAGAUGGCAACGGGUAAACCACCUCUGGCUUCCAUGGAUAGGUUAGCAGCUAUGUUUUACAUUGGAGCCUAUAGAGGACUGAUGCCUUCUUUACCUGACCAUUUCUCAGGAAAAGCAGCAGACUUUGUCCACGUAUGCUUAACCAGAAAUCAACAUGAGCGUCCAUCUGCUCUACAACUGCUGCAGCAUCCCUUCAUGAAGGGAAGACAAUGAACUUUUCAAAACUUCUGCCAGACUAAUGUACAUUUUCCACUCAUAUCUAUUUCUACCACUACAAAAGGUUAAUUUGCAUUUGAAAAUGGGAGUGCAGUAACUUACUAGAACUCAACAAUCAGCCAACAUUGGAAAGCCCCUAUGAGACUGCAAUAUAAUUACAGCAGUUUGAUAUGUGAUGUGAAAUGCUUAUCAGGGUAGGGGAAUGUAGUUGCCAUUUAUCCAGUAAAGAAAGUAAUUUUUUUUCAUGCAAAGAUUAAGUUUAAGAGUUUGCAUUUUGAAGAAAAGCAAAAGCCAUGCAGUUUUGUUUUCAAAUUGAAAAGGCUUUAAAAGAAGCUAUUUUAUAGUACUUGAAAAAAAGUUGAUGAACUUGGGAAUCCCAUUUUUUCUGUACAUACAUAAAUGGUAAAAUAUCUAAUAUUAUCAGAAAGCAUCCAAGACAGUCCAGAGAAUGCUAUUCAGGUGGUCUGGAGCUGUACUUCCCAAACAUAAUUUGCCAGGUGAUUAAUUAAAUAUGGUUGUGGAAAUCACUUGGCGAAUCAGAAUUUACUUUAUAUACAGGUCAGCAUAGAACAUAGUUACAAGUACAAAAUAAGUUUUCAGAAGAGGAAUCCUUUCAAUUUCACUUGGAUACAGAACAGCAAGUUCCAGCACACAGACAUCAUCUGGUAGUCUUAUCUCUUGCUGCUGGUGGUUUAUCAAAAGUUAAUUAGCAGGAGAUAUCUGCUCUAUAUACAUACUCAUCUGUAAAACUUCUGUAAUUAACAUUUCCUGUUUUCUCUGGGAAUAUGAAUGCUAUGAUAAUUUGAGAAGUUUCUUUUUCCUGGUAUUAAAUUCACUUUGCCAUAGUUGUCACUUAUCUAUAUUGCCACUGAAUCAGUGCAUUUGAUGGAUACAAGGCAAAAAAGUAAAGCAGGAAUCAAAUAUACACAGGAACAAAUAACUGCUUAGAGGUGAUGCUUGAGUCAUCAAGCUAUUCUGAAAUGAGAGAGGUAAAAUUUCUGCUUUUGUACAAAUUGAAAUUCAUAGAAACCCAACCAAUGCAUUUCUCUCACUUCUCUAAUACAGGUAUAUUUUAUUCUUUGGUGAGUGUAUUUCUAAACAUAACAUUGAAAAUUUAAAAAAAAAACAAGGAGUACUUGUGGCACCUUAAAGACUAAAAUUUAUUUGGGCAUAAGCU